CAUCCGAUACUGAGUCUGACAAUCCCACGCUGGUGACGGCGCUAAAAUCAGUUGUGAAACUCAAUUUUUGGAUCUUUUCCAGCAUUUUACAGUAUCGAGCUUCUUGAUAUCGCAUGCUCACUUCGUGAGUUUCUUUUGGCGUUUCCAUCUCAAACCGCUUCGACGUUUGGCGAACACAUAGACUCACUAUUGCACAACCCGCGGGCUGGCGAACACAACCCACACCGCCAUCCGGUUCUAAGCUGGUGUUUCACCUUACCGCAAGAAACCCUCCGCUCGGCCACUUUCCAAGCAGAACACAGCGGACGCACAGGUGGACGCAUGGCGGACGAAGCGGACUGGCUGCCGGACUUGGCGGCGCUGGCGUCUCUCAGCGUGGCUGUGCACUACGUGCUGGGGUUCUACGGGCUACUGGGCGCGCUAUUGAUCUUUACCGUGCUGGAGCACGGCUCCAAACUGCGUGGCAAGAGUGUGGAAUGCGAGCGGACGCCGUCUGCUCUCGAGGACGACGCGUCCACUGAAGGAGACGAUGAAGUCCCGCAGGGCGAGGAGCAACAGGACGAGGAACAGGAGGAGGAAAUACAGCACCACCGCGUGGCCAGUCUCAUAGUGAGCGAUGUUGGCAGCGGAGCGCCGCGCGAGUACAUGGAGAUGAACUCGCGUACACCCAUCCCCUUCGAAACGGAGCUCUUCAUGGGGCAUGCGCUCUUUCUAGUACGCACGCAGCCCGAGGAUCCGCACUACGCGGCGCUCUUCGCUGGCAAGCGUCGCAUGUUCUGGAUCCAGGUACAGGGGCGCUUCAAACAGGCACCAAAAGGUCCCGUCUAUCUAGGGGGUGAAUUGCCAGCACGGAUCGCCCCCGGAGUGUUCACACGCAGCGUAGCGCUAGUCAUCAUGGGACUCAUCAGGAGACUCGUGGGUCGGGUGAGUUUCAGCUUUGGCAGCUCUACAGACAGCGAGGACUCCGACGAAUUGCCAGCCGUCGCAUUCCCAUUGUAUCAAUCAGCGGACCAAUUCGUGGAAACGCAAGAAGGACAAACUCCUCCUGUAUUAGGUACAGGAGACUUUGGAGAGACUGAAGUGCAACGCAGAGAGAGAAGACAUACGCCUCUAGGAGCAGAAGAGUAUGCGGUUGGACCCACAUACACGUUCGACUUCCACACUAUGUACGUGGACUUGACGAGGUGGGAGACAGCCAACUUGCCUAGUGGCCUUAAUGCCAUGGAUCUCGCCAGCUUUUUCGACUCAUUACCGUUGAGAUUGGUUGCGUAUCAAGUGAAAUCAACAGAUUUUGAAGCCUCUGACAGCCAUCGACAGCGAGACAAGGACUAUUUGUUCUCGUUUGAGGUCAAAUACGAUAAGCACGGACGUCAUAAUGACGAGGAGAUGAGAGAAGACGCUGGACAAGGCAGUGGAUCUGGCAGAACAUCGACUGCGGGAUUGAGUCUCUUGGGUUCGGAGAUGAGCACUAUGAGCACAACACUGAGUGAUGCCAGCUCACUGACCGAAGAGGACCCGGUGUUAGCGGAGGAACAGGCGGUUUUCUUGCGUUUGGAACACGCGCGACGACUUGGCCAGCUCUCGUUCUCUUAUCUUUGCUGGAUGGAGGAAGUGGACGUGGCUUCCGAUGUGCGUCGUGUACACUACGUGUUUGCGGUGAAAGAUAAGGUAGGCGAUUACGAAGAUAUGGACGCAGACGACGAACUAUCGAGGCCUCAACACCACCACCGACUAGCUAUUAUCAGCAGUUAUGAGCUGCGUAACUUGCUGCAACGUCGUCAUGCUUUGAAAGGUGAGAAGGUCACUGACGAGCUCGCCAAAUUGCGAUUCCACAGUCGCUCGCGCAUUGGCAGCUACAGUACAAUCUCGUCCGAGGCACAGCAGGUUGUGAUGCACUUGCAACGGCUGGCUGAUGAGCCACUUCCACAGUCUGGACUACCGUCAUAUUCUAGUGAUUGCCCCAGUGACACCGAGACGUUAGACGGUGACAGUAAUGGAGAGAAGAGAAGUCUCGACGAGAAUCGGGUAAUUGCAGCCCAAGCAGCACUCUACAAAUGCCUGACGAAGCGUCAACGCCUACAAGAAUCGUUUACGGCCAGUACCAAGCUGUCUCCUUCUCGAAUUGGUGUAAAUCUGAGCCGCCGUGACCGCCAAGACAUGGGCGUGGUCUUCGAAGGAGUCGUGUACCGUUAUUACGCGGCCGAGUUACUACGUCAAGAGGUGCUUCUGCUCACUAAAGACACGCUCUUGUUUUACCGAUCAUACGCUUCAAGCGCAGAGAAGCAGGUGUCCUGUUCGCAUAUCAUCGGUGCUCGAGCAGUGGAGAUGCCUUCAGGUGCUGUGUUUCACGAUGGUGCCAGCGGUAUCGAUGGGGUUUAUGCAUUGCAGAUCAGCACGUUCGCAGAGGAAAUUGUGCUCUGUGUUGGCACGAGUUCCACUCGAGAUGCGUGGGUGAGAGGCAUUUUGCAGUAUUGCAACCCCAAGACCAACUUUGAUCGUGCACUGCAAGGCGAAAUGUACAUUAGAUUCGCCGCCACCACUGCGCUUCGACCUGCAAACCGUGUCGAACUCAAUUCUCGACUACUUUUUCCGCAACUGAAGCAACAAGACAGCGUGAUCUCAGUUGACACCAUUCCUGGCGCGUUGAAGCUUGUGAAACGCACUUUGACGCGUGCAUUGCACAUUCUCAAUAACGCGCAGGAGCUUUCUGUGACCGACGUGCUGGCGUUCUUAGAUGACGCUAGUUCACUGCGAGAAGUGGACUUGAAGCUACUACAGGACUCGGGGUCACACGAAGAGCAAGUUGCGUUCUACCUGAAUUUAUACCACACAAUACUGGCCCAUGCCAUGAUCGCUCAAGGUUUUCCACGCGGAAAAAAUCAGUGGAGUCACUUUCUCACUCGAACAUGUUACGCACUGAGUUGUGGACCAAAUGGAGAGCAGGUGAGUCUGUCGCUGGCCGAAAUUGAGCACGUGAUCCUACGAUCUCGCUUGCCUCGCGCAGAGCUGCCAUAUUUGAACGUUAAUAACGUCAUAAAAGCAGCGAACGGUCCAGCUAGUCGACUUGAAGAUCUUGGGAUCGCACAUCCAGAUUUUCGCCUUAGUCUGGCGCUAGUGAUGAACCACAUGAACAGCGAAGAAAUCGUCAUAUAUGAGCCAGAAAGCGUACAUGAUCAACUGAACGCCGUUCUACGCUCGUUGCUGAAACGCAGUAGCGCUCAAGGGUGUUUGGAGAUGAAGGAGGACUCGAAUACUAUUGUGUUACCCCGUGUGUUUGAGUGGUACGGCUGCGACUUUGGAGGAGUUGCCAGAGUGGGUAUUGGCCAGCGGGAUGACGAUGCCUCUACAAUUUAUUGUGUCCGGAAGCUGCUGGGGUUCAUGGACACCACGCUGCAGCUACAGGUUAUUAAUGCGUUGGGUCUUGAUGACACUCCUCUUCGCACUAAAUUCCGCUCUUUCAAGUACAUACCGAAGACUACGCUACUGGAAGAUCAGAGUUGUCAGCCUGAAAGCACUGACAACAAGGACUCGACUCAAACAGAAGGUGGCGGGAUGACGCAGCUCUAGUCAUGCAAUUUUCACCUGUGUAUUUAUCAGUGAAUCGAACCUCAUCAAUCAGAUAAUUCGAAAUGUUAGUGUAUCUUUCCAAGCGUUCACUUCAACAUGACUUAGCUUCAACUCUAUUGGGGCUUCAAUGUCACAAGGCUUCAUUUUUCACAUGUUUUACUGGUUCGGUUUGGCUCUCUUUCUCAUCUUCUCUCGCUCAAUAUUAGUCUCUUCACGCAGGGGGAAAGGUUGUGUAGGAAACAACAACAGAAAACGAGAGCUUGCCUCCAAACCAAAACCCAAUAAUAAUAAUACCAAUACGCCUUGGACGUUCAUUCGAC